AUGUCCACACUCUACCUGCCAGAUCCUCCAGCACUAUGGUCCUUUCAAUCCGUGCGACUGGAUAUGAUGAUGUUACUUUUCGGCGCAUCGAUGACGAUUGGAUGGAUUCGUGGAAGUAUAAGUGCGGUGAUUGUGCGUGUUGUAAUGAGGUUCAAUAAUCAAGCAGGGUUUCAUGCAAAUGAUACUAAAGCUUUCAUCGAGGUUAUGCGCCAGCAAAAUUUCUACAGUAAGGUAUACAUAUCGUUUGAUGUGCAAGCGCAAGAAUAG